CAGAAGCAGGCGGCGGCGGCCAUGGCGGACGUGAGCAAGGAGAAGCUGCGCGGCAUCCUGGCGCAGGCCGAGGCGGCAGCGAAGAAGAUCCGGCAGCAGCGGGACCACGUGUGGGGGAUACAGUUCCUGCUGCUCGCGGACGACAAGCCAAGCGACGCGGCAGGGCUGAAGCGGAUAAAGGGCUUCAUCUCCGGCGUCAUCGAGAACCACCACCACGAGGGCCUCGAGGCCGGCUCCCGCGACCUCACCGCCGUCCUCACCAUGGCGGCGUCGAGCGGCGCGAGCCUCGCGCUCAACUCCUCCUUCCCCGUCAUGUCCGAGGAGCAGCUCCACGACGCCCUGGUCGCGCACGCGGAGCAGAUCCCCGAGGGCUCGACGGCGUUCUCCCGCGUCGAGGCCGCCCUCUUCGCCGUCAAGCUCGCCCUGGAGCACCACCUCCCCCGCUGCGUCCUGCGCCUCGCCCAGAUCAGAAUCCCGGACCCGGACGCCGCCGCCACCGGUGAGCCCCCACAGGACGACGGCGGCGAUACCGGGCUGCCGGCCCCAGCUCAGGCGAAGGACAAGGUCCCGAAGGAGGAGUCCGGCGGCAGCCUGGAGCAGGCCCGCGACUACCUCGACCGCGCGUAUAUCCUCGUGAACCUCGCCGUCCAGCACGUGGACCUCUCCGUCGCCGCCAUGUCCAGCUUCCUGGACCUCGACCCAGCUGAGGAGGACGACGCCAAACCCUCCGACGAUUCCGACGAAUUCUUCGUCAUCACUUAGAGAUGUCGAUGGCCGGCCAGGAAGAGGAGGAGGAAGCGCGUCACCAAUUUCACCUGAUGGCCGGCCGGUCUUGUUUGAUUGAAGCCGAAUUCAGCAGCUAGCUCUCAUGCAUGCAUGACUCCUAUCUAGUUUAUAUAUCUACGAUCGAUCCAUCUAUGUUUUGUGCAAACAUUGGUUAAUCUGCUGCUACAUAUAUCUCGUUUAAUUUGUGGACAGCCCUGACGGCUGACGCUAUAUCUUUGCUUCAUUUGAUAUCGUAUCUGCAUCGAUCUAAGCAUCUUAUGUAAUGGACGAUUUAAGCAAAUUAUUUGCACGUCAAG